CUGAAUAAAGAUUUGGAAAGGAAUCACGACAGUUUCAGGAAAAGAGUAAGGUACUGAGAAAAAUGGCAAGCGAUGCCCAAAUCCCAAAACUGGAAAAAGAAGUUUUUAUGGAGACUAAAAAGUAUCAAGCCGAAGGUGCUUCGUCGGAGGAGCUUCUGAGAAUGGAAGAGACCCGCGUUCGAAAACUGUCGUCUCACACAGUGUUCUACCUAUUGCCUGUGAACGGCUACGCUGCAGUCAUUAUUUUUCUUUUUCAUUUGAUAUCGGCAGAAACGCUUUUAAGCAUCGGACUGAGUAUCGCUUUGACCAUCAUCAUCCAUUCCCGUACAAAGGACGACGCCUCGUUCGAUGGUUCCACUUUGAACUGGGUAUUAAUUUCGUUUGCCGUUAUUACACCACUUUCAGCCGCAAUCAGCAUGACUUUCAGCCGCAGAGAUCGCGCUUUGGCUACUUUGGCUUCUGUGCGUAGCACACUGACGGAGCUAUAUACAGCGCAUGCUGUUUGGGAUUGGGGAUUCAAGAAUGGAGAAGAGAGCGCCGGCCGGACCAAAAGCGGCGUGAAUUGGCUGGAACAUUCUGACAAUACCUGCCGAGAGAUACUCGCUAUAUGUGACAAGCUAAGCCGCUGGUUGACGCUUCCAAGUUCCACUAGAGCGCGUCACCGGACUCUGUUUGGCAAGGUUGAAGCGGUCGAAAUUUCCAAAGUAGCAAAUCCCUUAUUCGAAUCAAUAAUUGAGCAUUUCGGCACGCUCGCCAGUCUCUGUGAGAAUCUGAAACGGUACGGCCUGCCUCCAAACGAAGCUACUCGAAUUAGGCAGUGGGAAAGAAUGGUUUUGGAUCACGUAGAGAAUUUACGAAUGAUCAAAUCCUAUCGAACACCACAAGCGUUGCGAAGUUUUGGAAGAUUGUUUUCGAUUUUUGUGCCUCCAUUUUACGCGCCGUUCUAUGCACAAAUAGCUCAUGAUGUUGGCUCUCUCGGUCUGGCUGUCGCUUUUGCAGUUCUCACGUCAAUUGCUUUGACGGCCUUAUUUGAAACCGUAUAUCAAAUGGAAGAGUAA